CCUCCGAGUCCAUGGUACAGCCUGGCUCCGAAGCGUUGUGCCCCGCCCCCAGGGCAGUGGAUGCCUGAGGGGACGGGGUGUUCCAAGGGGGCGCCCAUCCUGCCCUACUCCUUAGGUGUGUUUAGGGGAGCACCCUCCCUCCGCCCCCUGGCGUGGUGCCCUGGCUGCAGCGUGCACAUCUCUUCUCCUCCUGCCCUGUGUGCAACUGGAGUACCCUCCUAGGCUGCAAAUCAUCCCCACUCGAAACUGUGGGAGUGAAAUUGUGCAAGGUGGCUUGAAGGCAUGAAAGAUGGAGAAUUCAAAUACAAUCAUCCACAAGCCUUUGAGAGCAAGAAAAACAAUGACUCCAAGUAGUCGAAAACAAGUGGAAAUGCUGAGUAAAAUAAAGAGUAUUUCAGGACAAGAAAAGAUUUUGAACGGCUUGCAUACUGAGGUUCACCAUGUUCAGUUAAAUACUGUGGACAUAAACUGCAGAAGUAAUGAUUCUGUUAAAGGAAGCUCACUAACUGAAUCAAAAACAGAUAUGUUCCCUGAAAAAAGUGAAAUGUUACCUCAAAAAUUAACAGCCUCAAUACAGGGGUUCAGUGUUGACUCAAAAGUAAAUGAAGUAAAACAAUGUUCUUAUGACAAAAAUUUGGAUCAAAACUGUCAAGAAGAAUCCCAAGAGCCUCCCCAUGAGAAAUCUUGUAACACAAAUUCUGAUGCAAAACAGUUUCUAAAUGCUGGGUGUUUACAAGAUAUACUGCAUAAAUGGUAUGAAAAUGAACUAAAUACACCAUCCUCUAAGCCAAUUGAAGUGCAUUUGUAUUCAAAACCAAAUAACCUACCUGUUGACCAGUUAAAAGAGAGUGCUUGUUUAGAAGAUCCAGUUAACAGUGAUUAUUGGGAUGAAAAAAGAACUAACAAGAUUAUUCCUAUUUUAGAAAAGAUAGACACAACAACAGAAAGAGAUAGUACAAUAGAAGAGGUUAUUCCCACAUUAAAGAAGGUAGACACGAUAUCUGAUUCAAAUGAUGUGAAGCACAAAUAUAACCUUACUCAUUCAGUUUCCCCCACACUGCCUGGGAUAGAUAGAAUAGCUGAUGUUUUAGAGAGUAAAACAUCCCAUGGAAAUGGUAGUCCAAAUAUUUUACCAGAUGUGGAAGCUACUGUUAUGCUGCAGGAUACAUCACCUGAAUAUAGUAUUGACAAUGCUCAAAGGAAGAGGGUAUGUUCAGAAAGCAAGGAAGACAGUCACUGUAAACGCUUCAAAACUUCUGAUGAAAACAAAAAAGAGAAUAUUUGUACAGUGUCAGAAAAAGAGGAAAAAUUUUUGGGAAAGGUCAAACACUUGAUUCAAAAGCGUGUGGAUAUUUUAAAUAAUGACGUCUUUAACCAUAAACUGGAAAGUUUAAAUGGAAGAGUUGAUCAAACACAAUGUCGAAAAAAACAUGAAGAAAUAGCUAUUACAUUUCUAAAGAAAGUGUCUAAGCUCGAGAGACGUAUUAAUACUGUGAUAGCAUUUCAGAAGAAAAUAUUAUUGAAAAUGGUCACUAGUAAGGCAAAUCUUCCCGGUGCAAACUCACAAAAUGCAAUACUAAAUAGAACCAAAUCUGUUCCACUGCUUCCUGAUAACAUAAAUGGACAAUCUGUUUCUUCAGUUAAACAUGUAUCAUCAUCCCAUAGACAAACUGGUUCUACUUCAGAAUGUGUUGCAGAAGAGCAUGUAAGCUCUGAUGAAGUUAUACUGAUUUCUGUGGAAAGCAGAAAUUCAACAACUGUAACAACUACAAACAAUUCAGAUAUUGAAAAAAAAUUAGUUUCUACACAAGCAGAAAUUUCCUCUAAAGCUCAAUCCAAAAACAAGCAUGCUGAAGAAAAAAAGUGUGCAGUGAUUGAUCUAACAGAAGAAGAAAAGCACAAUUUUGAUAAAGGUCAAGACCUGUAUGGGAGAACCCAGGGUGCUGCAGGAAAUAGUAUUAGUGGCUGGCUUGAUAAGUUAAAAGAAGACCAGAAUUCUGUGUCAAACAAAAGUAAUUCAAAGGCAGCAAGCCCCAAAUCAAAUCGCCUUGAGCCACCAGCACAAGCAUCAAAUCAGGUUCUUGAACAGUUUCCACAUGUUCCUCUGCUACCAAGGAUACCUCCAUACCCAGAACUCAAGGAUGGAUUCAGAGACACUGUGCCACCUCAGAAGCCUGAAUUAAAACUGGCUCAGGUGCAAAAUCCAAAAGGUAUUGCACUCUCAUGGACUGUUACAGAGAUUGAUCCCAAGUGCGCUCCUGUAGAGAGCUAUCACUUGUUCAUAUACCAUGAACACUCCAAUAACAGUACUGUACCACACUGGAAGAAAAUAGGAGAAAUAAAGGCUUUGCCCCUACCAAUGGCUUGUUCUUUAUCACAAUUUACAGCCUCCAAGAAGUACUACUUUACUAUACAAUCAAAAGAUGUAUGUGGACGUUAUGGACCAUUUUGUGAUAUACAAUCAAUUACUUUAAUUUCUCUGGAAAACUCAUAAGCUACCUCAAUAACUGUUACAUGGUUGUUUCAGUUUGAAAUAUUGUAUUUUUACUUGUAAACAAACCAGAGCCAAGGAAUGAAUUGUACUACAGACUGUAUUUGCUCAGUUCUGUUUCUUAUCCAUCAUGCCAACUAUCAGUUAUUUAUAUUCUGAGCAUUAUUCUAUACGUUUUGUAAGUUGUUUCUAAUAACUUGACACUGAGAAUUCUGUUUAUAAAACUAAUUUCAGUUCUGUGUUUAGUUUAUUUUCCUUCCAAUCCUUCCCCUCCCAUUCCUUUCACUGAGCAUCAUUACAUGGUAGUAUGUACUUGGGACAUAAAGGAAUAAAAUUUUCUACUUGGUAA